AUGGCACAGACGCGAAACAGCGCUUGUCCAAACGGACUUUGUGGAUUUGUUUUAGCUCUCCUGCGCUUUGUAACCCAAUGUCCACCCGUGACGCUGAUGAAACUAUUAUGGCAGCUACUAAAGCUGCAGAGCUACUUUGCUGCCUGUGAAGACGAGACGCCGGCCAUCAGAAACCAUGACAAGGUCCUGCAGCGGCUCUGUGAACAUCUGGACCACGCUCUGCUCUAUGGCCUGCAAGAUCUUUCCUCGGGCUACUGGGUGCUGGUCGUUCACUUCACCCGCCGGGAAGCCAUCAAACAGAUAGAAGUGCUUCAACAUGUGGCCACCAACCUGGGACGCAGCCGGGCAUGGCUGUACCUAGCCCUCAACGAAAACUCCUUGGAGAGCUAUUUGAGGCUGUUCCAGGAGAAUCUAAGCCUGCUGCACAAGUACUAUGUCAAGAACGCCCUGGUUUGCAGUCACGAUCAUCUGACCUUGUUCUUAACGCUGGUGUCCGGGCUGGAGUUCAUCCGCUUUGACCUGGAUCUGGACGCUCCUUACCUGGAUCUGGCCCCGUACAUGCCAGAUUACUACAAACCUCAGUACCUGCUAGACUUUGAGGACCGCCUGCCCAGCUCCGUGCACGGCUCGGACAGCCUGUCCCUCAACUCCUUCAACUCGGUCACCUCCACCAACCUGGAAUGGGACGACAGCGCCAUCGCUCCAUCCAGUGAAGAUUAUGAUUUUGGAGAUGUCUUUCCAGCAAUGCAGACCAUGCCCAGCAGAGACUGGGAAGAUAACUCCGAGCAUGACUCCUGCAGCCCUUCUCCGCUGCUCCUUUUCCCUCUGAAGACUAACACGGACCAAGCUGGUUGUGCUACGACCUGUCUGUGCAGCCUGCUGUCCUCAGACCCUGAUGGAGACCUCACGGACACACUCAGCUGCCCACGCUCCACCGCCUCAGAGGCGAACGGCAGCAAGGCCCCCGUGAAGAGCCCGACGCAGCGCUACAACCCCUUCAACGAGGAGAAAGCCGACGCGCCGUCCUCCACCGAGACCACGCCGGUGCACGCAGCUUCCCAGGAGAAGGCAGAAGCCACCCCUGAAGGAACAGAUCAGUCCGAGAGCUGCACAGAGCUAGAGGUCAUCAGGUUAGCCAAGAAGAAGAAAACGGGCAAGAAGAAGAAAGCGAAGCCUGAGGAGCCAAUGAACACCCCUGCGCCCGUAGUGCCCGAGACCCAGCAGGCCAGCGGAGACAGCGGCAUGAACGGGCUGAGUGACAGAGAAGACCCGCAGAGAGAUGAUGGUCCCGCUGCCCCGGCUGGUGAGCCAAGCCCAAGCGGGCAGGAAGAGGGUCGUGACCAUUCUGCCCUCAGCCAGCUGGCUCUACGCAUCCCCGAGAUGAAGGACACGUCCAUGGAGAGUGUGGGGCAGCCGCUGAGCAAGGUGAUGGACAGGCUUAACGGGCAGCUGGACCCCGGUGGCUGGAAUGCCCCCCUCGAGCCCCCCGGGCAGUCCUUUCGGACUGGCACGCCAGGGGAGACCCCGGAUGGAUCGUCCUCUGGCGACUUUAGUGAGGGAAUUUCAGCCCCCAUGGACUUCUACCGCUUUACCGUCGAGAGUCCAAACGCUGCUGCACCAGGUGGUGGCCACCAUGACACUCCAGGGCCUGGCCAACCGCCACAUGUUUCUGGUAGCCCUGAGGCUCCUGAAGAAGAAGAAAGGAGAGAGGGAGAAGCAGCUGGGGCAGUAGAGGAGUCUGGAGGGGCGAGUGACGAACCCCAAACUGGCCAGACAGAAACCGCCAACCCCCAGGCUCUCCACGAGCCGAAGAAGGAGCAGCCCAGCCCUUCCCCGAGCAGUGCCGAGGACUCUGGCGUGGAGGAAGGGCAGGGCAGCCCUUCGGAGCUGACCCAUCCCUCCGAGUUCAGGGUGGAUAACAACCAUCUCCUCCUGCUGAUGAUCCACGUCUUUCGGGAGAACGAGGAACAGUUGUUCAGGAUGAUCCGAAUGAGCACCGGGCACAUGGAGGGGAACCUGCAGCUGAUUUACGUCCUGCUGACAGAUUGCUACGUGUACCUGAUCCGGAAAGGGGCAGCGGAGAAGCCGUACAUGGUGGAGGAGGCCGUUUCCUAUAAUGAGCUGGACUACAUUUCGGUUGGGCUGGAUCAGCAGACGGUGACUCUGGUGUGCACCAAUCGGAGGAAGCAGUUCCUGCUCGACACCGCGGACGUGGCUCUCACCGAGUUCUUCCUGGUCUCCUUGAAGUCAGCCAUGAUCAAAGGGUGCCGGGAGCCCCCAUACCCCAGUAUCCUCACGGACGCCACCAUGGAGAAACUGGCACUCGCAAAGUUCGUGGCCCAGGAGUCCAAGUGCGAGGCCUGCGACGUGGUUGUGCGUUUCUACGGCCUCGUUCACUGGGAAGACCCCAUGGACGAGGCGCUGGGACCCGCCAACAAUAGCUACACCUCCGCCGAAAACGCGGUCACCAAGGACGGCAUCCUGCACUACAAGGCGGGGACCUCCUACCUGGGCAAAGAGCAGUGGAAGACCUGCUUCGUGGUGCUCAGCAAUGGGAUCUUGUACCAGUACCCGGACCGCACAGACGUCACCCCUCUGCUCUCCAUCAACAUGGGUGGCGAGCAGUGUGGGGGAUGCCGGCGCUCCAACACCACCGACCGGCCCCACUCCUUCCAGGUGAUCCUGACGGACCGGCCCUCCCUGGAGCUGAGUGCCGAGAACGAGGAAGAUAUGGCGGACUGGAUGCAGUACUUCUGCCAGGCUGUCUCCAAAGGGGUGAUCCCCCAAGGUGUUGCCCCUACGCCUUGCGUCCCCUGCUGCCUUGUGCUGACGGACGAGAAGGCUUUCACCUGCCACGAGGACUGCCAGACAAGCUUCUUCCGCUCGCUGGGCACCGUGGAGCUGACGGACAUCACUGCCAUCUCCACAGAGGCUGGCAAGGAGUACUGUAUCUUGGAGUUUGCUCAGGACCGCAAGCAGUUCCUGCCCCCCUGGGUCCUCUAUUUUAGUUGCACUACAGAACUGGAGAGGUUCCUCUCGGCGCUGAACGCCACGUGGAGGAACAUCUACCAGGUCGGCCUCCUGCACAAGGCCAUU